GAGCGGUCGGCCGCAGCGGUCCCGGGGGGCGGCUGAGGGGGCCGGGCCCGUGCUGCGGUGCUAGCGGCGCGGCGGGGAUCGGGCGGCACAGCCCGGGACUGCGAGGGUCGGCAAGAUGAUGGCGGCGCGCUCAGCGCAGACAGAGCUGUGACCUGGCACCAUUUGCAGCUGAUGAGCCUGCCCACCAUGGCAAGCCCCACUCUGAGCCCCGACUCCUCAUCCCAGGAAGCCCUGUCAGCCCCCACCUGCUCCCCCACUUCUGACUCUGAGAACCUCAGCCCUGAUGAGCUGGAGCUGCUGGCCAAGCUCGAAGAACAGAACCGGCUCCUGGAGGCCGAUUCCAAGUCCAUGCGCUCCAUGAAUGGCUCGCGGCGAAACAGUGGCUCCUCGCUGGUUUCCAGCUCCUCGGCCUCCUCCAACCUGAGCCACCUGGAGGAGGACACGUGGAUCCUGUGGGGCCGAAUUGCCAAUGAGUGGGAGGAGUGGCGGCGUAGGAAGGAGAAGCUGCUUAAGGAGCUGAUCCACAAGGGCAUCCCACACCACUUCCGGGCUAUCGUGUGGCAGCUCCUGUGCAGCGCCACGAACAUGCCAGUCAAGAACCAGUACUCAGAGCUGCUCAAGAUGUCCUCGCCGUGCGAGAAGUUGAUUCGCAGGGACAUUGCCCGCACCUACCCAGAGCAUGAGUUCUUCAAGGGCCAGGACAGCCUGGGCCAGGAGGUCCUCUUCAAUGUCAUGAAGGCAUACUCUCUGGUGGACCGGGAGGUGGGCUACUGCCAGGGCAGUGCCUUCAUCGUGGGCCUGCUCCUCAUGCAGAUGCCUGAGGAGGAGGCCUUCUGUGUCUUUGUGCGGCUGAUGCAGGAGUACCGCCUUCGGGAGCUCUUCAAGCCCAGCAUGGCUGAGCUGGGUCUCUGCAUCUACCAGUUCGAGUACAUGCUGCAGGAGCAGCUCCCGGACCUGAACACCCACUUCCGUUCCCAGAGCUUCCACACAUCCAUGUACGCCUCAUCCUGGUUCCUCACACUCUUCCUGACCACCUUCCCACUGUCCGUCGCCACUCGUGUCUUCGACAUUUUCAUGUAUGAGGGCCUGGAGAUCGUGUUCAGGGUGGGCCUCGCCUUGCUGCAGGUGAACCAGGUGGAGCUGAUGCAACUGGACAUGGAAGGCAUGUCUCAGUACUUCCAGAGGGUGAUCCCCCAUCAGUUCGACAGCUGCCCAGACAAGCUGAUCCUCAAGGCUUAUCAGGUCAAGUACAACCCUAAGAAGAUGAAGAGGCUCGAGAAGGAGUACGCUGCCAUGAAGAGUAAGGAGAUGGAGGAGCAGAUUGAGAUCAAAAGGCUUCGAACGGAGAACCGGCUCCUGAAACAGCGGAUUGAGACCCUGGAGAAGGAGAGCGCUGCUCUGGCUGAUAGGUUAAUCCAGGGACAGGUGACACGGGCACAGGAGGCCGAGGAAAACUAUGUCAUCAAGCGGGAGCUGGCAGUGGUGCGGCAGCAGUGCAGCUCGGCAGCAGAGGACCUGCAGAGGGCACAGAGCACCAUCCGGCAGCUGCAGGAGCGGCAGGAAAACCCUCGCCUCACUGAGGACUUUGUGGCCCACCUGGAAACUGAGCUGGAGCAGUCACGGCUUCGGGAGACAGAGACAUUGGGAGCCCUGCGAGAGAUGCAGGACAAGGUUCUAGACAUGGAAAAGAGGAACAGUUCACUGCCUGAUGAGAACAAUGUGGCCCGGCUGCAAGAGGAGCUGAAGGCGCUCAAGGUGCGAGAGAGCCAGGCAGUGGCCUCUGCAAGGGAGCUGAAGCUACAGCUGCAAGAGCUCUCAGACACCUGGCAGGCCCAUCUGUCCCGCGGGGGCCGCUGGAAGGAGUCCCCACGGAAGCUGGUCCUGAGCGAGCUGCAGGACGAGCUGAUGAGUGUGCGUCUGCGCGAGGCCCAGGCUCUGGCAGAGGGCCGCGAGCUGCGGCAGCGCGUGGUAGAGCUCGAGACACAGGACCAUAUCCACCGCAACCUUCUGAAUCGUGUGGAGGCAGAACGCUCGACGCUGCAGGAGAAGCUACAGUACUUGGCAGCGCAGAACAAGGGGCUACAGACGCAGCUGAGUGAAAGCCGCCGCAAGCAGGCUGAGGCCGAGUGCAAGAGCAAGGAGGAGGUGAUGGCCGUGCGCCUGCGAGAGGCGGACAGCAUGGCGGCAGUGGCUGAGAUGCGGCAACGCAUCGCAGAGCUGGAAAUCCAGAGGGAGGAGGGCCGCAUCCAGGGCCAGCUGAACCACUCAGACUCCUCGCAGUACAUCCGUGAGCUCAAGGACCAGAUCGAGGAGCUAAAGGCCGAGGUGCGGCUAUUGAAGGGCCCGCCGCCCUUUGAGGACCCGCUGGCCUUCGAUGGGCUAGGCCUGGCACGACACCUGGAUGAGGACUCUCUGCCAUCGUCAGAUGAGGAGCUGCUGGGCGUGGGUGUGGGUGCAGCCCUGCAGGAUGCACUCUACCCGCUGUCCCCUCAAGAUGCGCGCUUCUUCCGCCGUCUGGAGCGGCAGGCCAAGGACAGCGAGGGCAGCUCGGACAGCGACGCCGACGAGCUGGCCACACCCUAUAAUCAGGGCCUGGACAACUGAGGCCCUGUCCUUGAGCCCAGAGCCUGGGGUGGAGGAUUGGAGGUACCUCCCUGGGCCUCCAGGGCCACACUUAAACUCCACACCCACCCCAAGGGGUGUGGCAGGGUGCAGAGGGUAGAGUUGGAGCCUGAUGAUCCUUCAGGGUACCUGUCACACUCACCCUCCCCAGCACUGUUUAACCAUCAUGGUCUGCACCCCCCAGGCCCAGUUAUUUGGAGGGUCUGCCCCUGUGAAUGAAGGGCACAAGAGGACACAGAGGUCCCAGGACUGGAGAGCAGAAAGCUCCCUCUUCCUACCCGGCCUCCUUCUGGGACAAGGAGGGCCCUGCUGGGAAGGGCCCAGGAGCUGGAGGAGGCCUGAGGAAGGAGGAGCCACUCUGGCCUGGAUGUCAACACCCCAUGGUGCCCCUGGGGACCCUUGGCAGCCAGGGACAGAUGGCCAAGCUGGGCUUUCCUGCCUGAUGCAGGUCUUGUGGCCCCCGAGCAGAAACCAAAGUGCCCCCUACUGUGUGCAGGCCCACCUGGGGUGCACACAGCCAGGGAGCCAGAUGGGGGCAAUGUCUGUCCCUGCUUCUUGGGGCUAGAGCAGCAGUACAGAAGUCAGGAGACCCUGUCCCCAGCACCCCUCUAUGAGACACCUCUAUCACCCCAUCUUGAUGGAGGCGUUCCCCACCCAGGCUAGCCUCCUCUCCAAGGGGUCCCCAGCCUCUACUUCCUUCCUUCCCUGGGUCCCUAGCCCCACCCUCCAGCCAGGGCCAGGCCCCAGGGGAGGAGGCUGCUCAGAGGAGUGGUGUCCUCAUGCCUCCCUCCUCAUGGUGGUCCCGUGCGUCUCUGCAGAGUCAGAGCCAAGAACGGUGCCAAAGUCCAACCAUGCUCCCCAGACCCCUCCCCACAAGGGACUUCUGAUGCUCUUGGGGCUCCUGGAGCCUGGAACAGCCUCACAAGCAGCCUCCUUGGCACCUCCUGGAGUGGGGAAUUCAUGUUCAGUGCCCGUUUCCAGUUACCCACUUCUCAGUGUUACAAAGCCUGGGGACCAGGGUGGGCAUCACAGGGCUCUCCCAUGUGCCUCCCACACUGCCCACCACCAUUUUGCACACUGCCUGUUCAUACUCCACAUGUUUCCCAGGUGGGAAUAGAAAAUAAAGUGUAUUUACACAGUGACAGACAA